CCUCCCUCCCUCCUCACCACCACCACCUCCUCUCUCACAUAUAUAGCCACCCGCCUGCCACAGUUUAUUACAAGCCCGGCCAUCCCGAUCGAGCUCGCUUCAAUUCUCACACCGUACGUUGCACGUGGAUCCAUCCGAUCCCUAGGCUCUCUUCAGACAUUGGGACAUGGGGAACGGACUCUCCUUCUCCCCGUCGUGCCUGCACCUGCCGGCGGCGGCGGCGCCCACGGCGGUGCGGCUGGUGUACUGGGGCGGUCUGUCGAGGCAGCUGGUGAUCACGGGCGGCGACGACGACGACGUCGUCACGGCCGGGGACGUCGCGGCGGAGCUCCCGGCGCCGGCCGCGGGCUACGCCGUGUGCCCCGCCGACGCCUUCUUCGUCGGCCUCCCGAUCCCGGCCAUGUCUCCGGGCGAGGAGCUCCUUCCCGGCAGGACCUACUUCGUGCUCCCCGCCGCGCGCCUAUACUGCAAUGCUAGCGUGUCAUGGGCUCGCCCUAGACGAUGAACUCCGGCGGGGCCACGCCGCCAGCGCCGGUCAUGGUAGGACGGAGAGCGCCGGGGUCUAGGCGCCGUACCGGCGAGCGGCGUGCGCUGGCGAUGCCGGCGAGGGGCGUCACAGGGAGGUGCCGGGGGGGGGGGGGGGGGGGGGGCUAGGUUAUCACACGCGUCAUCAGGGCGUCUGGUGCCUUGCCGUCGGCGGUAUGGCGCCUCUGGAUUUGGCGAUCGGGAUUGCUAGCUAGCCUCUCUUGCUCGUGGAGCGCCGACGGGCUCCCGAGCGAGUUGAUUCGGUUCCUGGGGACGAUUUGGCCCGCCCGGAUGCCCUCCGAUUCGUCAGUGGUAUUUGUAGGUUGAAAUCUCCAAUCUUUUCAUUUUUAUAUGAUGAAUUGGUGAGAUGAGCAUGGUAGAUAAGGA